CCGAAAACUGCCGGGACACACUCACUGGUCACUCCCACUUCGCACUAUAAAUAAGCGCCCAAUAAUUAUUAAAUACUCUUUAUCAAAUUCACAUAAUUUUUAUUUCAUUUUCGUUUCAUAUUUCUUUUUAAUUUUUUUUUUCUUCUCAGUUGUCUGAAACUCCAUCUGGGUGUGUCUCUUCCUCUCAAAUCUGUGGAGCCUUAGAUCCAUGGCUUCCAUAUCCAAACCCUAGAUCACUCUAUCUAGGGUUUCAAUCCCUCUCUGUGUGAAAUUGGUGCCUGCAACACUGUUUCUACGGCACAAGAGCAAUUAUUUUCAAGGAGGAGGUUAUUGUUGUUGGGGGUGGUGUUGGUGCAUAAUGGGUUGCCUUUGUUGCAAGCCCUCUGCUAUUGAGGACAGCAAGGAGAGCCCGAGAGAGCGGUUAUCGAGCAAGGCCUCAUUGGAGUGGCGGGCAUCGAGGGUGACCUCGUCAAGAAGGGAGGAAGUGCAUCGAGCCAAGGAUCGAUACGACAGUAAUGAUGGGAGGACGAUGUUAAUCGAUAAGCAAGCGAAUGGUUCGGUUCGGUUACACAGUGAGCAUUUGGAGAGGAAGAGGGAGAAGAUGGAGUAUGUUGUUGCUCAAUAUCCGGGGAUGGGUACGGUUCCAAAAGCUACAGAAGGGGAGCAGAUUGCAGCAGGGUGGCCUUCGUGGCUUGCUGCAGUGGCUGGAGAGGCUAUUAGAGGAUGGACUCCACGGCGUGCAGAUUCUUUUCAGAAGCUGGAUAAAAUUGGCCAAGGAACUUACAGUAAUGUUUAUAUGGCUCGUGACCUUGAACAUAAUAAAACUGUUGCUUUAAAGAAAGUAAGGUUUGAUAACCUGGAACCUGAGAGUGUUCGCUUUAUGGCAAGGGAAAUUCACAUUCUGCGUAGGCUUGAUCAUCCCAAUGUAAUAAAACUGGAAGGUCUAGUUACAUCAAGGAUGUCUUGCAGCUUGUACCUUGUCUUUGAGUACAUGGAACAUGAUUUGGCAGGGCUUGCUUCACACCCUGGUCUGAAAUUUACAGAAGCACAGGUUAAAUGUUACAUGCAGCAACUUUUACAAGGACUUGAUCAUUGUCACAGCCGUGGUGUUCUGCAUCGUGACAUAAAGGGUUCCAACCUUCUAAUUGACAACAAUGGAAUCUUGAAGAUUGCAGACUUUGGUCUGGCAAGUUUUUUUGAUCCCCAUCAAAGUCAACCACUAACAAGCCGUGUUGUAACUCUUUGGUAUCGGCCACCAGAGCUUUUACUUGGAGCCACUCUCUAUGGAACGGCUGUAGAUUUAUGGAGUACAGGUUGCAUACUUGCUGAAUUAUAUGCUGGCAAGCCUAUUAUGCCUGGAAGAACUGAGGUGGAGCAAUUGCAUAAAAUUUUCAAGCUUUGUGGCUCACCUUCCGAGGAUUAUUGGAGAAAAUCUAAGUUGCCUCAUGCAACCAUAUUUAAACCCCAGCAACCUUAUAGACGAUGUGUUGCAGAAACAUUUAAAGAUUUCCCUGCACCAGCAUUAGCAUUGAUGGAGACUUUACUUUCCAUAGAUCCUGCUGAUCGCGGAUCUGCAGCUUUUGCUCUCAAAAGUGAGUUCUUUACGACAAAACCACUUCCUUGUGAUCCUGCCAGCUUGCCAAAGUAUCCUCCUAGCAAAGAGUUCGAUGCAAAAGUGCGGGAUGAGGAAGCCAGAAGACAAGGAGCAGCAGUAAGCAAGGGCCAGAGACCUGACCUCGAAAGGAGAGGAACAAGAGAGUCUCGAGCCAUCCCAGCGCCAGAUGCCAAUGCUGAAUUAGUCUUGUCAAUGCAGAAAAGACAAGGUCAGUCCAAUUCUAAGAGUCGGAGUGAAAAGUUUAACCCUCAUCCAGAAGAAGUUGCUUCUGGCUUUCCAAUUGAUCCACCUAGACCAUCACAAACUGUUGAAGGAACCAUAGAACCCCAGGAGCAUCAUCAUAAGAGAGCCUCCCAUUCAGGGCCACUGGCUCACCGUGCAGCAUGGGCAAAGGCUGGGAAGAACCUGGAUGAUGCUGCAAAGAUAUCUACUGGGGCUGACCUGUCAACAAUGUCAGGUUUAGUGGAAGCGAGGAGGAUGUCUGAAGAUCGCAGACAAAGGUCUAGUUCUUCACAGCCGGAAGUUGCAAAAUUUAUAGGCAGAUUUCCGGGAUCCUUCAAGGAGAGCUCGGAAUUUUCAAUGCAACAAGAUCAAAAGCAUCACACACAGGGAAUUGUAGGUUCCCAUAAAAAAGAAGAUGGAAAAAUCAGCAACAAAGAUCCAAUUCUCCUGGGUUAUGGGUCGAAGGGUCACAAGAUACACUACUCCGGUCCAUUGCUAGUUCCAUCAGGGAACAUGGAUCAGGUGCUGAAGGACCAUGAUCGUCAGAUCCAAGAAGCCGUUAGACGAGCACGCCUAGACAAGGCAAAGGUCAGAAAAGUUCAGGCGGAAGGGAACCAAAUAUCAACUAAUUCAUUAUUUGUUUCCGGUCGUUGAAUUGUUUGAUGCAAACCCAUAAUGAAGCUGAGCAUCAUCGGGAAGACCAGUGCCUACAAUUUGGUUGGUGAAUUUCUCCUGUAACACAAGUUGGUUAUUGGGUAGGCGGGUUUUUUUUUUUUUUGUAUAGGUCCUAGAAGGAUGGCUAGUUGCCAUUUUCAUCUAAGCUUAUAUAGCUUAUUGAGAAGUCUCUCUCUCUCUCUCUCUCUCUGAGGGUAAUCAUCAGGUAUAUUUCCUUUCCACUAUGCAACUGAAAUUGUUAAAAGUAAGGGCCAUUCUUGUAGAUGUUAUUUAUUAUUAUAACUGUAGAGUAUGUGGAAAAUGACACUUUCUUUUGUGGUGAAAAGAGUAGACAUUGCUUUUUUCAUUG